ACUAAAUAUGGCUAUAGUAUUAAUCUGUUAAUUAUUUAUUAUCUCAGUAUGAGCAUUUUUAUUAAACCUGAAGCUAAAAAAGUAUCACCAUCUGUUAUUAGGCGAUUUGGAACGUCUUUUGGAUCACAUCAAAAGCUUUGGUCAAGGUCAGAAACGAAGCUUUGGACAAUCAAUUUCUUUUUUGGAACUUGUGUACUUUAUGCGUCCAGAGUAUCUCUACCUAUUUGUGCUGUUGCUAUGGCUAAAGAAUAUGGCUGGACUAUUACUGAUUCUGGCACUAUUCUCUCCUGCUUCUUUUGGGGUUAUGCAGCGACACAGGUUGUUGCCGGAAACAUUGCAGAUCACUACUCUGGUGAGCGUGUUCUACCUUUUACCACACUUGUUUGGUCUGCUCUAACUUUAUUUACACCUCAACUUUUUGAUUUUGCAUACUGGACUAGAUCUCCUCUUUUUAUUCUGAUUACAAUACGUGUAUUGACAGGCAUUGGACAAGGUUUUCAUCUUCCUUCAAUGGCUAGCAUCGUUUCUAGGCAUUUAACUGCUUCUGAUAAAGGGCGCGUUUUUGGUAUUUGUUUGGCAGGUUCUCAUUUUGGUUCAAUAGUUGCUGGAGGAAUUGGUUCUUUGUUAAUCGAUCUUUUUGGUUGGAGAAGUCUUUUCCAUUUUGUUGGUAUGAUCAGUUUUAUUUGGUAUUUAUUCUUUGAAAGAUUGACUGAUAGUGUUUUGUCUGGACGGAGAGCGCGCGUUGUUUUUGAUUCUGGGGGAAACGCUAUGCAGGACGAAUCUCUAAUUGAAAGUGACCAUUUUAUAAAGAAAAAACCUAGUAAAGGAGUGAUUGUUGCUACAGCGGUUCCAUGGUCUAAAUUAUUUAGACAUCCCUCAUUUUGGGCCGCUUCCUUAGCACAAUAUUGUGGAGCAAAUGCUUAUUUUACAAUGUUUAGUUGGUUGCCUUAUUAUUUCUCGGAUAAUUUUCCUCAAUCGACGGCGUUUGUAUAUAAUGUUGUUCCUUCAUUAGCCAUUGUUUUUACUUCACUUUUUGCCCCUUAUUUUGCCUCAAAGUUGUUAACACAUGGCUGUUCUAUUACCUUUACACGAAGAUUUAUGGAGAGUGUUUCUCUUAUUGGAAUGGGAACUUGUCUUUUUCUCGUCUCCCUUUCUUCACGAUUUACAAUUUCUUUGGCACUUUUCACUUUAGCAAUGGCUCUUAGAGGUUUGCACCAUGCUGGUGUUUCUGUAAAUCCACAUGACUUUGCUCCUGAUCAUACUGGCUCUGUUUUUGGGAUUUUCAAUGCUUUCUCGGCAAUAACCGGAUUUAUUGGUGUAUACAUGGCCGGUUGGAUUUUACACUCAUCGGACAAUCAGUGGGCGUAUGUUUUUAUUUUUACUGCAUUGCAGUGCAUAAUUGGGGCCUUUGUUUAUGGCCUAAAAGGAACAGGAAGCAGAAUAAUUUGA